UUUUGUUAAACCGUUUGGAGGAGGGAAGUGGGGGUCGGAGAAGAGCCGCCCACCGAGGGGACAAGGGGGACCAGGGCUCCCCGGCGCCGGGUCCAGGAUGGACGUGGCGGACCCGCAGCAGCUGGGCAUGUUCACGGAGGGCGAGCUGAUGUCCGUGGGCAUGGACACCUUCAUCCACCGCAUCGACUCCACGGAGGUCAUCUACCAGCCCCGCCGCAAGCGGGCCAAACUCAUCGGCAAGUACCUGAUGGGGGACUUGCUGGGGGAGGGCUCCUACGGCAAGGUGAAGGAGGUGCUGGACUCGGAGACGCUGUGCCGGAGGGCCGUCAAGAUCCUCAAGAAGAAGAAGUUGCGGCGGAUCCCCAACGGGGAGGCCAACGUGAAGAAGGAGAUCCAGCUCCUGAGGCGUCUGCGGCACAGAAACGUCAUCCAGCUGGUAGACGUGCUAUACAACGAGGAGAAGCAAAAGAUGUAUAUGGUGAUGGAGUACUGCGUGUGUGGCAUGCAGGAGAUGCUGGACAGUGUGCCCGAGAAGCGCUUCCCUGUGUGCCAAGCCCAUGGGUACUUCUGCCAGCUCAUCGACGGACUGGAGUACCUGCACAGCCAGGGUAUCGUGCACAAGGACAUCAAACCCGGCAAUCUGCUGCUCACCACCAGUGGCACACUCAAGAUCUCCGACCUGGGUGUCGCGGAGGCCCUGCACCCUUUUGCUGCGGAUGACACUUGCCGGACAAGCCAGGGCUCCCCAGCAUUCCAGCCACCUGAAAUUGCCAAUGGCCUGGACACCUUCUCUGGCUUCAAGGUGGACAUCUGGUCAGCUGGAGUCACACUCUACAACAUCACAACGGGCCUGUACCCAUUUGAAGGGGACAACAUCUACAAGCUGUUCGAGAACAUUGGGAAGGGGGACUACACGAUCCCGGGUGACUGUGGCCCCCCGCUCUCUGACCUGCUCAAAGGGAUGCUGGAGUACGAGCCCACCAAGAGGUUCUCCAUACGGCAGAUCCGGCAGCACAGCUGGUUCCGGAAGAAGCAUCCAUUGGCAGAGGCCUUGGUGCCCAUCCCGCCCAGCCCAGACACCAAGGACCGCUGGCGCAGCAUGACAGUCGUGCCCUACCUGGAGGACCUACAUGGCCGCACUGAUGAGGAUGAGGAUGAGGACCUCUUUGACAUUGAGGAUGGCAUCAUCUACACCCAGGACUUCACCGUGCCUGGUCCCAGAAGAGGAGGCCAGUCAGAAUGGACAGAGCCACAGCCUGCCCAAGGCUGUGUGCAUGAAUGGCACAGAGUCGGCGCAGCUGAGCUCCAAGACCAAGGUGGAGUGCCGGGCCAGUGCCACCAACCCUGCCCGCAAGGCCUGCUCCAGCAGCAAGAUCCGCCGACUCUCAGCCUGCAAGCAGCAGUGAGGGCCCAGCCUGCAGGUGCCUGUUUCCAGGAGCCCUGGCCAGGUGCCGUGGCCCAGACCUUCCUCAGUCUUCCUGUCAGCUCUUGGUCCACUGCCUGCCCAGGAAGGUGGCCGCCAUGCCUCUGUGCUGACUGCUCAGGACGUCGGGAGCACAAGGGCCAGGACUGGGGUUGGCAGGGACUUGGGCCUGGCCCUGCCCUCACCGCCCUGCACACAGCACCGCUGGACAGUAGGCACCACUUGACUUUGUGUGGAGCCUCCCCAGGGAGAGGGAGGGAGGGGGGGGCCUGGCCUCUGAGAUGCACUUUAUGUUGCCACCUCCGUGGUCCUCACUGUGCUCCUGCCGGCUGGAGACCAGGCCUCCUGCAGGAGCACCGAGGGAGCCUUGCUUUUGUCAUUUGGUUGGUUCCUUUUCUUUUCUAAAUAAACAGGUGGAUUUGA